AUGGGAGUCCUCACUUCGCAGCCCGGAAAGGGCAUCUGGACACUAUGUUCACUCGCCCUCAAUGCCGCACGUCUCCCACUGUGGAUGAUCUGGUAUCUGCCCUCCUCGCUGCGCCAGCACAAGGACUGGACCUACAGACAGGCCAUUCUGGUGCAGAUCGUCAAGACCUUCCUGUGGAACGCGUCGAUGGUGGAAGUGAAGACUCCGCUGUCCAUCAUCCCAGGCGCCGAGAAGGAGAAGUGGGCAGUUGCAAAGGUCGCCCCCUCAAAGGCCUACGCAGGUCCCGCCAAGCUCGAUGGCACCAUCAAGCCUGAAGACUGCGGAGGAACGUGGUAUCCCACGCCAAACCCGAUGGGCGGUGCCUACAAGCCCGAACUCGUCAUCCUUCACUUCCACGGCGGCGCCUAUGUCAUUGGCGAUGGCCGCAAGAAGGACGCUGCUUUCGCCGCGACGACCCUGCGAAACAACACCGAUGCCAAAUUCGUCUUCUGCCCACAAUACCGACUUUCCUCGAAUCCAGGUUGCAGAUUCCCAGCCGCUCUGCAGGACGCCAUCACUUCAUACUCAUACCUCGUCAAUGAGCGCCAAAUCGAUGCCAGCAAGAUCAUUCUUUCCGGUGACAGUGCAGGUGCAAAUCUCGCACUCGCACUGACACGCUACCUGACCGAGCACGGAAAGGCCACAGGUCUCGAUUUGCCACACGCCAUUCUUCUCUGGUCGCCUUGGGUUUCUCCUCUCGGCUCCUUGACUGCCGAAUCCUUCAACAAAAGUCCAAACCUUGGAACUGAUUACGUUACCGCUGCCUUUGGAGCCUGGGGUGCGCGCACAUAUCAGCCACUGCCUAGCACAGGCGCGACUUUGGAUCAUCCAUACAUCAGUUUCUUGUCACACGCAUUCGCCACAAAAAUUCCAAUCUACAUUUCCACCGGUGAAUGCGAAAUGCUAUUCCACGAUGAUGUUGCGUUGUACGAGGAGAUGCGCGCAGUCGAGGGAAAUGAUGUUCAUCUGCAAGUCGAGGAGCAUGCAGUACACGAUACCAUCCUGGCCGGACCUCUGGUAGGCUUUGAGAAGGAGGCUGUAGUGGCUGCGAAGAGAGCUGGCGAGUGGUUGAGGACGCUGAAGCCAAGUGCUCAGUAAAUGCGGCGUGCUUGUGUUUCACGGCAGAUGCUGCUGAUCCGCCACCUGUGUCGAUGAGCAGCAGAUCAGUCAGUGCAGGUAGUACUGCGCCUUUGUACAGCUAGAUUCCCUGUCCCAGCAAUUUACUGCGAUUCUCACCGGCAUAUAGGCUUCUAGAACAUUUCUGCAACAUACCACAGCACCCAG